AUUGGUUAACCCGCUCGCGUCACGGUGAUAUCGUCGCUCCUAUUGGCUGUCUGCCACGUCACUCGGAUACAGCCGUUUGUUGACAUCUGACUGAAGACAGCUGUGGCUGCUGCUCACUGACAUGGCUUCAAGCCACACACCAGCCUCAGAUAGCCAAAAGAAAAAUGCAGUUCCCCAAAUCAAGCUGACUGAGGAGCAGAGGCAGCAGCUGAUGGAGGCGUUUCAUCUCUUUGACAAAGGCACAACUGGAGAAAUAGAUGUCUGGGCGAUUAAGGUUGUCCUACAAGCUCUCGGGUAUGAACCGGGCAAAGAAGAACUCAAGAGAUUACUUGCAACCGUUGAUAAAGACGGCACCGGAAGAAUUGACUUCAAUGGCUUUCAAACUAUAAUGGCAUUUAAAAUGGCCGAAAAGGACUCAGAUGAAGAAAUAAAGAAGUCUUUCCAGCUCUUCGAGGACAGCUGCACAGGAGUAAUCGUAUUCGACGAUCUCAAGAGAGCUGCUGAGGAGCUGGGCGAAAACCUCACGGAUGAAGAAAUACAGGAAAUGAUUGCCGAGGCGGACCCAAACAAACUGGAAGCGGUCACCAAGCGGCAAUACUUGAUGAUGAUGAAGAAAGCAGAUGUUUAACGUUACAAUGUUGAUCUGUAGAGAUUCAUCUUUGAUUCUGUCAGAACCGUUCAUUUCUAUUUCUCCGUGUAAAUAAAUAAUUGACUUGUAUCUCUGAAACUUUCUACAAUGCAAGGCAAAUAAAUAUAUUUCGUCACACUUCAA